UCCGCCUCAUCCAUCCAUCCAUAUUCCUCCUCUCUUCCCGUCAUCUUCGUCCAUCCGCUCCACGAGAAGCGCAACGCAACGCAGCGGCUUCACUUCCUCCACCCGCGCGCACGAAUCCGUCCGUCCGUCAUGGACUACGUCGAGCACCGCAUGGCCCACGAGGCCGCCAAGCAGCCCUCCAGCUCCGCCCUCAUCACGCCCCUCAACCUCAUCCUCCUCUCCCUCCUCCUCUACACCCUCUACAAAACCCUCUUCUCCUCCUCCUCAUCCUCCUCCUACCCGACCCUCCCGCGCGGCCCUCCCCCCACCGUCUUCCGCACCUACACCCCCCGCACUCUCCUCCCCUUCAACGGCACCACCAACACCACCACCUCCUCCUCCUCCCCGGGCGACGCAUCCGCACCACCACCCGUCUACUUCGCCGUCCGCGGCCGCGUCUUCGACGUCUCCCGCGGGCGCAACUUCUACGGCCCCGGCGGCCCCUACGCCAACUUCGCCGGCCGCGACGCCAGCCGCGGCCUCGCCUGCGGGUCCUUUGACGAGGACAUGCUCACCGAGGACCUCGACGGCCCGCUCGACGACCUCGCCGACCUGGGGCCCGAUGAGAUGGAGGCCCUGCGCGGCUGGGAGGAGCGCUUCCUGGAGAAGUACGACGUCGUGGGGAGGCUGGUGUCGGUCGGGGUGUACAAUGACGAGCAGAAGAAACAGCAGCAGCAGCAGCAGCCGGUGCUAAGCUCCGAGUGAAAUAAAGAAAGAACGGGUUGCGAGACGGCGCGGGAGCUGCGGGUGGAGGAGCGUGUAUGACGACGCAGUGCUGAUGAUGAUGAUGAUAAUGCCCCGUCAAGCGGCGACAUAUACACGUACUACAAAGAGAUCGGAAUCAAAAGACAAAGAAGCGCUGUUCACUCAGAUCAUAAUUCCCCAUACGACGCUUUCUGCCACAGUAACCACAGACAAAUUAGAACAAAAAGACAGACCGUCGAGGAUGGCGC